CGAGGUGCCGGGCCCGGGGACUGGGUCGGCAGGUUUUGAAUUUCGCCGGUAGCCGUGUGGGUGAAUAGUCACGCCCGCCCCUGCCUCAGGCAGCACUUACUGCUCCGACUCUGCGUGUAGUGGGUUGAGGGCAGGCUCUUUGAGCUCCUUGAAUGGGGAGACGGCAUCUUGUGCAUUUCCCCUCACGGCUCUGCCGCGGCUGUUUGCUCCGUUCCCUGCUCAGUGACUGUUGAAGGAAUUAAUCGCAUGUGUAUCAGUCAGGGGCCUAUGGAAGAGAUGGAGGCGGUGAGAAGCACAUACUAAGAGACUUGCUGCAAGGAACUGGCUUACAUGACUGUGAGAGCUGGCUAGGGGAGUAGGGAAUCUGUUCCACAGACGUUGGGAAGGGCAGGAUGGGACUCUACAGAAAUGGGGCAAAGCUGCUGUCCUCAGGCAGAGUUUCUUCUGGGAGCCUCAGCUCUGUUUGUAAGGGCUUUCCACUGAUUGAAUCAGGCCCAGCCAGACUACUUAGGGUUCAAGUCAACUGAUAGAGACUCUGAUCACGUCUAUUGUACAAAUACCAUCACAACAACACUAAUUAGUGUUUGAGAAGCUGGAGGUCGCUGCCCGUCAAGUUGGCACAUCCGAAAACCAUCACAGAAUCACAGCUUGCUUUCCUGUGAGUUGCCUGCCAUGUAGCAUCUGGAUCUGCCGGGACUUGAGUUGGACGGUCUGUCAGUAAACAGCGUGCCAGCCAGUGUGCUGGGGAGGGCGAUACCCUGGACACAGAGCAAGGAGCGGGCGCUGGCCGGGCAGCCUGGUGGCCAUGGCCCCUGUGCUGGGCCUGAGACGGGCGCAAUACGAGGUGGCCACCGACGAGGACCGAGGCAGCCGUGGGCUCCUGGUUUUAGACACAUUCUUUGGUGAGGAGAGUUGGGCAGCCCCUCUACCAGAAAUACCUGCACGCGUCGUGCAGGAGUGCAGGCUGCGGCUGCGGGAGGAGCCUUCCAAAGACGUCUUCGAGGAGUGCACUCGAAUUGUCCAUGACUAUUUAAGUGGAGAAUCAUUUGAAGAAUACCAAGAAAGCUCAUAUUUUUCUCGAUUUUUACAGUGGAAAUGGCUGGAAAGGCAACCAGUAACAAAGAACACAUUUAGACAUUACAGAGUUCUAGGAAAAGGUGGAUUUGGAGAGGUUUGUGCCUGUCAAGUGCGAGCUACGGGAAAGAUGUAUGCCUGCAAAAAGCUAGAAAAGAAAAGAAUAAAGAGGAGGAAAGGGGAAGCUAUGGCUCUAAAUGAAAAAAGAAUCCUAGAAAAAGUGCACAGUAGAUUCGUAGUUAGCUUAUGCUACACGUACGAAACCAAGACAUCCUUGUGCUUGGUACUCACCAUUAUGAAUGGAGGGGACUUGAGGUUUCACAUCCACAACUUGGGCAACCCGGGCUUCGAGGAGCAGAGAGCCGUCUUCUACGCCGCGGAGCUGUGCUGUGGCCUGGAGGAUCUGCAGAAGGAAAGAAUCGUGUACAGAGACUUAAAGCCUGAGAACAUUCUCCUGGAUGAUUAUGGACACAUCCGGAUUUCAGAUCUCGGCUUAGCUGUGGAGAUCCCGGAAGGGAAGGUCAUACAUGGAAGAGUCGGGACACUCGGCUACAUGGCUCCCGAAGUGCUCAACAGGGAAGGCUAUACGUUUAGUCCUGAUUGGUGGGGACUUGGCUGUCUGAUAUACGAAAUGAUUCAGGGACAUUCUCCAUUCAAAAAAUUCAAAGAGAGGGUUCCACGGGAGGAGGUGGAGCGGAGAGUGAAGAAGGAGGCGGAGGAGUACUCCGAGAAGUUCUCCGAGGACGCCAAGUCCAUCUGCAGCAUGUUACUCACCAAGGAUCCCAAGCACCGCCUGGGCUGCAGGGGCGGAGGAGUGGCUGAAGUCAAGGGACACCCUGUGUUCAAGGACAUUAACUUCAAGAGGCUGGAGGCCCACAUGUUAGACCCCCCUUUCCGUCCUGACCCAAAGGCGAUUUACUGCAAGGACCUCCUGGACAUUGAGCAGUUCUCCACGGUGAAGGGCAUCCGCCUGGACAGCUCCGACCUCGCCUUCUACAGCCAGUUCGUCACGGGCUGUGUCUCCAUCCCCUGGCAGAAUGAGAUGAUUGAGUCGGGAUGUUUCAAGGACAUCAGUGAAAGGGAAAAUGAGGAAAACGUGGCCUUAGAUCCAGAGGAGAAAACAUGCUGCCCAGUUCCCAAACAGAAGAGAGGCUUCCUCUACAGACUCUUCGCACGUGGGCUUUCUUUUUUCAGUUCCUGUUAUAUGAGAUAACGUACAGAGUUUUAAAGCCGGCCGUGCGGUGCGGUUUGAGCCCGGUGAGGAGACCCCACAUGCUGGUGUUUGUCGUGGGUAUGGAAACUCUGUUCUGACCCAAAAAGAAGCAACGGCUUACAACACUCGCGAAGAGAUCCCUGUGUCGAGGACAAAGCGUUUCACACUAGGCGCAGAAGUCCGUGUCUUGUAGGACAGCCGUAACACAGUGCACAUGAUUUCAGUUUCCGCCUCAUGUGUCCUGAUUCUUGGAGCUGUCACGUCAUUCGCCCGCAGUCACCGGGAAAGCUGAUUCUCUUUUGAACAUGGAAGAGUGGUUUGGACAGACUUUCUGUGGAAGCAUUAAAUUUAGGAUUUUUUCCAAGUCUCCUUGGACCAGUGGAUCAUCCUGCCGUGAACUCUGUCUGUUCCCACAGGACUUACCCGACCUUGUCCACGAACAUCUUGUCCAUGGUUUUUCAGUAUAACCCACAGUCUGUGACCACAUUUCCUCUGAGAACGGGGCGCCGGGCAGGAGUUAACCUCGUCCUUCUCCGGGACUGCGUGUCCUCGGUGUGAGUCCUCACUGGUCCACGCCGUGGGGGCCUUCCGGGGACCCUCUGGUUGGUGGAAUCCAACUGUACAGGAAGAAGCCGCCCACCCCACGCUGCUCAGAGGCGCUUGGCUGGGCGCACAGUGCGAGUGCGGGGAGCAGGAUGCAUCAGCCACACCACCUCUGCGCGAAUGGAGCCCCCGCGUGGCGUGAAGCACAUAGAAGGGAGCGUCUAAGGGUUUCCGGGCCUUGAAGUCAGCAUCCCCGCCGCCCCCCAAGUUUUCACGUCCACUUAUGGCAGGAAGCGACUUGCGUCAGAAAGGCGCCUGACUGGCCUUCUGCCUGUCUCACAGGGCUGCAUCAGCGCCGGCCCCAGCGAGAAGAAGGACUGCCCUGCAGACGGUGACCGCUUGCUGUGCAGCCGGCCCACGACAUGGAGCACGUGUCCCGGGCUGCAUCCUGCCUGUGAACUGCAAUAAACACGCGUGA